GAAGGAGUCUGACUCAUGACAAGUUAGCAUUCAGAGAGGCUAAAUCUAUUCCUGGUCAUGAUUAAUGAUUAGGGUUAUUUACUUUCAGAUCCGUUUGUUUCUAAAAAAUCAAACCAGAUCUGCUAGAUCUGAAGCUAGUAGAUCUGAGUCUUUCAAACUACUGCUAUAUUUAUGUUUCUUGUUAGUACAACUAUUAGCCUUAGGGUUUCGUCAUUACAUUACUUCAAAGAUUUAAUACUUUAUAUUUAUAGAUUCUCAUAUUUUUCUUUCUUCUUUCUCUGGUUGAUUGUUAUUGUUCUAUCCAC